AUGGCGACUGGCAAGCAGCCGCUUCCCAACGCUCCCAGAAAGAGAGCUCAACGACUUGUGAUCAACGCAUCGCAUGUCGCUGCAACGCAUACAUACCUCGCGUUCACCGCAUUUGGUCUUACCCUGUUUCUAGGAUCCGCGCUGCAUCACAAAAAAAUCGUCAAGAAUGGGGUCGCUGGAUACCCAGGACUGAAUGGUUUCCAUCCGUCUCAGCCACAUACUCAUAGCUCUGACGUCUGGUCGGUCGAAGUUACUUCAUUUGCCCGCGCAUCGUCCUUGUAUCUUUGCAGUAUUUCCUCACAAGAUCACCAAACACCAAUUGGCCAGGCUUUUUGUUUGCUGUGGGUAUUAUUCGGACACUGGCGUGUGGUGGUUGGGUGUUUAUCACGUCCUAACGAUGAUCAUGAUGUGCAUGAUGUUCUUAUGAUCGCGUAUAUCCUGUGCAACGUACCAUGGAUGUGGGGAGGCGUUUUAUGUACUCCAGUUGGACACCGUAAAAGCGCGUCGGCGUUCUUCGUGUCAAUCAUACCCAUGAUUUACUUCUUCAUUCAGCACAAGAUACACAGGAUCCCUGGAGCAUAUACCCGCUAUUCGUUUUUCGAGUGGUCUUUGAUCUUGCUUGAUGUUCUAUUUGACUCUAUCGCGGAGCUUGACUUCAAAGACUCCAAUUUGCAGAGAACGCAGCCUGCACUUACGCUCUCUCCAGAUGCACGAGCUGCCUUGGGUCUCAUCUCGGACGUGUACUUAUCGUAUUUGUUCUGGUCCAUCUUCACUUCCCUUCUCACCACGCUGUUCUAUUUCUCGGUCUGGGAACUUGCACUUUCGGGUUCAGAGUUAUCUUUGCUUGUUCUGCUCUCCCCCGUGCUUUUGGGCAUUAGGCCAUUGCACAGUUGGGCGCUUACGCGCAGUGGUCAGGUCACGUUAAGGGCGGUGGCAAUUUUGACGGGCUUGGGAUCUUAUGCUUUGAACAGUCCCCUGCAUAGGUUGUUUGUAGUCAACUUUGCGAAUGUGGUGCUCUUGAUAGGACAGACCGCGGAUUGGUCAGCUGGGAAGGAUGGGUAUCAGGGUUUGCUCCUCGGUCUAGGACUUGUAUCACUCUCUUUAGCGAAACACGCGAAUCACUCGACAAAUCCUGUAUGGCCGAUGCUCAACGAAGAGUCUGGAGGAUACAACAAAACGGGAAUUUUCCUAGCACUUUUCGCGCUAUACGAACUCGCCACUCGCCCGUCCGUCGUUCCAGAGACCCAAAAGGAAGAAAAACAAAAAAGCAGCUCGAAAGGCAACAGCAAGGUAUCCUCGGACGGAUGGCUUGUCGCCUCCAUCGCGCUCGGCAGCAUGAUCUUCACGCUCCAUUGCUUCCUCAUAGACCCCAGUACUAUCAUUGCAUGGUCCUGGACAGGGUACAAAGAUGGCCAACCCAAAGGCCCUCUCCCACAUCUCCAUGGCUCUCUCACUUUGAUCGCGCAGGCUGUAGGUCUCGCGAUGUCCACAGUCCUUCCUGGAUGCUGGCUUAGCUCUCCAUUAUGUGCAUUUGUGAUGUACCGCUUUAGGGACUGGACGGGCUUCGUUGGUGGGCUGAACCUGGCCGUGUUUGUCAUGUCAAAUAAGGCUGGGAGGACUUAUUUCACGGCAUUCUUCGUCACGGUCCUACUCAUUCUUGCCGAUGUGUGGACGGUAGCCUACGCGUUUGUGCCAGGGGGUACGUACUUGCGUGAGCGCUCGGACUUAAAAAGAACUGUACCCAACACCGUUCCGAGCUCAGCGGGCUUCCUUGCUCGCCAUCUCCUCACCCUGUUCUCGCUUUCUGCUGUUCUUGUUACAAUAUACCGUUGGGCUCCCAUUGGACCAAUACCGUAUAAAUCUGGCACGGGAUUAUUUAACGCUGGGAUAUGGACGGUACAUUUUGGUAUCGAUAAUAUCGGGCACGACAGCCAGAGGCUGAUCCGAGAUCUCAAUAUGGAACUUGACGUGAUUGGCCUUCUUGAGACUGAUCUGCAUCGACCGGUGUAUGGAAAUCGCGACUUAACGCGACUUGCUCUCGAAGACCUCGGAUAUUAUGUCGACUUGGGUCCAGGACCUAACAUGCACACGUGGGGUGCUGCUCUACUCUCCAAGUUCCCUAUUGUUCACUCGCAGCACCACCUCCUGCCCUCACCGCAUGGCGAGCUUGCACCGGCAAUCGAGGCUGUGCUCGAUGUGUAUGGGACAGAGGUGACUGUAGUCGUAUCACAUAAUGGGCAAGAGCAAGACCCGCUGGACCGUGAAUUGCAGAGCGAAGAGCUCGCACGCAUCAUGGCGAAGUCGUAUCCUCGCCCUGUUAUCUUCCUUGGAUACGUGGUCACGAAACCACACGCCAGCAGACCGGCACCCUACGAGAUUUUGGUACACGAUGGUAUCGUACAUGAUAUCGACCCGGAAGACUGGGAUCGCUGGUGCGAGUAUAUAUUGUAUAGGGGACUUUACCGGACUGCGUAUGCCCGCGUUUCACGAGGCAUCGUUACCGAUACAGAACUGCAGAUCGGGCAGUUUGUCGUGCCCCGACAUGGAUUCCAGCUUGUGAACCAGACACUCGAAGAUCGAAUGCUAAGGUCAUGGAAGGAGAAUCUUCCCGAGGACCAUUGGUUCCCGAUGGAAUACUACGGCAACGAGAAUGAGGGAGGUGUGAAAGGGCAUUAUUACCACGUGUUCAACACUCCGCUGUAUUAUAAGCUCCCCGAGGGUGCCCAGGUGUAG